AUGCAGCGCACCGAAGAACGUAUGCGAGGAAGACGGCGUGCUCAACGGCAACGCGGGACGGACGAGGCUGGACAGCGGACACACCGUCAACGCAUAGCGGCACUGGAACUGGAACUGGAACAAGGACUGGAACUGGAAGCGCGCGUCGGCUUCGCAAGUGCUACCAAGUGUAAGGUUCUGGUUGUGCUUGUUGUGUUGCGAGUAAAAUGGAAACUGAAUUGAUGUC